CCAACCUGAAAGACACGCCGCUAUCCUUCCUACGCACUCAAUUCCUUCUGUCAGUUCUUUACGACUUUCAUUCUUCACGAUCCUGCUUUCACCUGCUAAUCAUUACCUACUUAUCUCAGCCUCUCCUCAUCUUCCUCUUCUCCUUCUCAUUAGCUUCUCACUGUACUCACAUACCAUCACAUCAAAAUGCUUGAAGCUCGCCUAGAACAAGCCAGUCUCCUGAAGCGCGUCGUCGACGCCAUCAAGGACCUGGUCCAAGACUGCAACUUCGACUGCAAUGACUCCGGUAUCUCACUUCAGGCCAUGGACAACUCCCAUGUCGCUCUCGUCUCCAUGAUGCUCAAGGCCGAGGGAUUCUCCCCCUACCGUUGCGACCGUAACAUUGCCCUCGGUAUCAACCUGGUCUCCCUGACCAAGGUCCUGCGUGCCGCCCAAAACGAAGACAUCCUCACUCUCAAGGCUGAGGACUCUCCCGAUGCCGUCAACCUGAUGUUCGAGAGUGCCGAGACGGAUAGGCUUAGCGAGUAUGAUAUCAAGUUGAUGGACAUUGACCAGGAGCACCUGGCCAUCCCGGAGACAGAGUACGCUGCUACAGUAGAGAUGCCGGCAGCAGAGUUCCAGCGUAUCUGCAGGGAUCUGAAUGCUCUCUCUGAGUCCGUUGUCAUUGAGGCCACGAAGGAGGGUGUCAAGUUCUCCUGCCAGGGUGACAUUGGCAGUGGCUCCGUCACCGUCCGUCAGCACACCAACGUCGAGAACCCCGCACAGAACGUCUCCAUCUCCCUCACCGAACCCGUCGCCCUCACUUUCUCCCUCAAGUACCUCGUCAACUUCUGCAAGGCUACCAACCUGUCGAACAAGGUUACCCUGUGCCUGUCGCAGGAGGUGCCGCUCCUCGUUGAGUAUGGCCUUGGUAGCGGUCAUCUGAGAUUCUACCUGGCUCCUAAGAUUGGCGAUGAGGAGUAAGUGGACAUACAUGCGAGAUCAUAAUGACGAGUGGGAGCAACAUGGAGGCAACGAUUUCUCUUUCUUUUCUUUUCAACUUCUAAUGUUCGGAAAAUAUCCUGAAUGUGUUCGGGGGCCUGUGUUCAUUUUUGUUUCUAUAAUAUCCAGCUAGAUGCUAAGCGACCAACGUGUUCAAAGUCCAAUUGGUUACGAUAAUUCUG